CGUUGGUUCGUCGUUUGUGCGCGUCCGUGUCUCGCCGGCUCUUUGUAUGAUUUCUUGGAGAUUCACAACUUACUCUCUGUAGCAAACACAGGAAUCGUUAAUUAACCGGCCGGCUUUUCACACAACUCGUUUACCGCUAGUGUUUGGCGUACCAUCGAGUGUUGCAAGUUUUCAAGUGCAUUUUUGAGUAUUGUUUGUUUACAUUAUAUCCACCUUCCUUCCCUUCCCCUUCCUUUCACUGCCAUGGGCGACAAGGGCGACCUCUGCGUGCCAGUUUUGGAAACAGUUCCAUCUUGUGACAGAUUGUCUCGAUUGCUCGAAUGUUUUACGAACGAAUUUUCACGUGGCGCCAAAUUUGUUGCCCGUUGCUCCGGAAGAGUAAACAUCAUCGGUGAACAUGUGGAUUAUUGUGGUUACCCUGUUUUCCCAAUGGCAAUCGAACAAACAAUUUUAUUGGCGGUGGCGCCUUCCAACGACAACCUUUUGCAUAUUAAAAACGUAGACAACUCUUUCAAACCGUUUAAAUGCAAUGUACACACCUUCAGCAUUGAUGUGCCUAGCUCUGGUGGGCCGAGCUGGUAUCAGUACGUAUUAUGCGGUGUUAAAGGUAUUUUAGAAGAUUUAAACAUAAACCACGAUGAACGACGGGGUAUGCUCAUUAUGUUAUCCGGUAAUAUUCCUCCUGCUUCCGGAUUGUCAAGUUCUAGUGCAAUCGUGAGCGCUUCCGUUUUAGCUACAGCGUUUAUUCAUAAUAUUACUCUCAACAAGCAAAUUCUUGCCACACUCUCCGCGGAAUGUGAGAAAUUUAUCGGAACCCAAGGAGGCGGAAUGGACCAAGCAAUAGCAUAUCUCGCGCAAGAAGGUUGCGCUCAAUUAAUAGAUUGGAAUCCGCUUCGCGCAACUGCUAUACAACUCCCACCGAGUGCUGUUUUUGUUAUCGCAAACAGCUUAUCUGAGGCAAAUAAAGCUGCAACAUCAGACUUUAAUCAACGUGUGGUCGAGUGUCGUCUGGCUUGCAGAUUACUGGCAAAGCAAAUGAAGCUUAAUUGGCGUGACAUAAGCCGAUUUUCUGAUCUGCAGAAAGCACUUGGUUAUUCCUUGGAAGAAAUGGAAGCGUUGGUGAACCGCAAUUUAACUCAACUGUCCUACAAUAGAUCAGAUAUGCUGCAAAUGCUAGAAAUUUCGGAGGAUGAUUUUUCCGAAAAUAUGCUUACUACAAACACUCGCAAUAUACAAAUGUUCAAGCUUAAACAACGAUCCCUUCAUGUAUUUCAAGAGGCUCUGCGUGUUGAGAAAUUCAUCGAAAUAGCAAAAACAAUGCCAGCGGAUGCUAUCAAACGCAUGAAAACCCUGAUGCGACAAUCACACGAAAGCUUAAAAAUUCUGUAUGAAUGCUCACAUGAAAAUCUGGACCGAAUUGUCGAUAUUUCGGAAUCGAUUGGCGUUGGCACGCGAUUGACUGGGGCUGGCUGGGGUGGAUGCGUCGUCGCUCUAUGCGAUGGUUUUGAAGAAAGUAAGUGCUUCAUAAAUUUACUUCAAAAACAGUUUUACGCAAAACAAACCACAUCGAAACCAGCGGACACUGGUAUCCAUGUCUUUGCAACAAGUCCCCAGCGGGGCGCGGAGAUUUAUUUGCUUUCUAAAGCCAGUCAAGUCGAUCCAAAAUAACUUUUCAGCUUGCUAUCGGAAUAUACCUCAUUUAGUUACCAAGUUACAUAAAAAUACGUUUGAUAGAUUCAACAAAUCCAAUAACAGUAAUAGCAACUCUUUAGAGUGCCAUGCUUUUAAUUAAUAACGGUCUAGGCAAAGUGGUUUGCGUGGGUAGGUUCUUUUCAAUGAGAGUCUGCAGACUUUUGUGUGACCGUACUUUGACUAUUCCCUCAGCAUUAAAAAGACUUUAACUAGUGUAUACAAAAUUCAAAUGGAAUAAAAAUGAAUUGCAAAUCAACUGAAAAAAUGUUACUUAUUUAGUAAGGAUUAUUACCGUAAGCUAACUAAGAAGAGAAUUGGCCAGGAAAAUUUUAUUAUGACUGUAUUAUUAGUCGAACAAAUAGAAUAAA